GCGGUGUCGCCUUUCGCUGCGCUUUUCCGCGGUGGCCGUUCUCGUGGGGCGCCUGGAGAGGAGGUUCUGCUUCCCGCCUUAGAGAUGAGGAUCGGGGCCUUGAGUGGUGAAGUGAUGAGUUAUCCAAGUCCUGCAGCUAAUUAAGUAACAGCUGGGAUUAAAACCGAGGUUUCCUGUCUCCCAAUCACCGACGGGAGUAUUACCGAGCUGGUCAACACUUCGGUUCUCUCAGCAAACAGAUUCCUGGGGCCUGGACUCCAAAGCGACUGUGUCACAACCUCCAGGUGCCACAGGGUUGUUAAAAUGAGCUUGCGGAAACAAACCCCCAGUGACUUCUUAAAGCAAAUCAUCGGACGACCGGUUGUGGUAAAGUUAAAUUCGGGAGUGGAUUAUCGAGGGGUCCUGGCUUGCUUGGAUGGCUACAUGAACAUAGCCCUGGAGCAGACAGAGGAAUAUGUAAAUGGACAACUGAAGAACAAGUAUGGGGAUGCAUUUAUCCGCGGAAACAAUGUGUUGUACAUAAGCACCCAGAAGAGGAGGAUGUGAACCCAGCGAGGGAGCGCAGCUUUCACCCGUGGAUAUAUUUUCUAUGAAGUGUUUCUUCUGCUUUUGACUCUUUCGUUACAUAAAUUGCCCUGUUUUCACAGUUGUUGGUGCUUUUUCACUGGCUGAUACGAUGAUAAGAUAAAUGUGUAAAAUUGUUGAA